AUGGCGCCGCUUGGAACAUCAACUAUCGCUUGGCUCCGUGAGCGAAGCCCCUUCAAGUCGCCGCCGCCGCCCAUGCCCUACCUGCCAGCUGAGCGUCCUCGCCCUCUUACCCCAUCGUCGCCAGCCCGGACGGGUGCUAAUGACAGCGCCCUCUUCAACCGGCUGCCUUACGAUAUCCUCCAAGCAGUACUCCGCCUAGCAUUUGCGGACCACGUGCUGCAUAUCGAGCUGGACUAUGACCAUCCAAUGAUCCUGUUGAAGGACCCGGCCAAGAGGCAUGCAGCUCGCAACGGCGGCCGGUACUUCUCGCGGGCAGAAAAACCUCUACAUACGAGAUCGGAUCAGUUCGUUCGUGUGGAAAAUUGGAGGUCUAAGAGGUGGCAGUGGUGGAGCUGCAUCUGUCAUCGAAGCCGGGCCCCAUUUGCUUCCAUCAGAGGCACACACUGGUCAGGAUUUAUGUCAAGGGACGAAGCUUGGUAUGAUGAGUGCAAGUUUGGUGUCAGUGAGCUUUGCGAAUAUUUCCCUGGUGUCUGCCCGCAAAAAUGUCACAUUGGGAUCAUGGGCUGGCUGCUCUCUUGUCAUCAAUCUUACUGCCUGGGCAUCAAAGUAUUGUACUCCAUGAAUACUUUCCAUCUAUCCAACCCGGAGCUCAUUCUUAACCUACCCAAACUGCUGCUGCCAUCACGACUCGCCGCAAUUACUAGUUUGGAAAUGCUGUGGAAAAUUCACCCUUUUAGGGACCAGGAUGAUCAAGACCCGCCUAACUCAGACUAUGAGACGUUUCUGACUUUGGCUCAGGAACUCCCCAUCAUUUUUAAAGGUCUCUGA